GUCGCGCUGGGCUGGCAGGUUUAAGAUUCCCGCAUUUUAAUGUCUUCGGGGAGGUGCCAGAGCCCCCGGUUUUGCCACCCCAGCCCCCUCCUCCCCCGCCCCUGGGAGCGGCUCCCCUGCCCCGCGUCCCUGACGACAGAGUUAGCACGGCCUCAGUAUGAGCUGGUCACCUUCUCUGCCAACCCAGACCUGUGGGGCCUGGGAGAUGAAAGAACGACUUGGGACAGGGGGAUUUGGAAACGUCAUUCGAUGGCACAAUCAGGAAACAGGUGAGCAGAUUGCUAUCAAGCAGUGCCGGCAGGAGCUCAGCCCCAGGAAUCGAGAACGCUGGUGCCUGGAGAUCCAGAUCAUGAGACGGCUGAACCACCCCAACGUGGUGGCUGCCCGGGACGUCCCCGAGGGGAUGCAGAACCUGGCUCCCAAUGACCUGCCUCUGCUGGCCAUGGAGUACUGCCAAGGAGGAGACCUCCGCAAGUACCUGAACCAGUUUGAGAACUGCUGUGGCCUGCGGGAAGGAGCCAUCCUCACCUUGCUGAGUGACAUUGCCUCUGCACUUAGAUACCUUCAUGAAAACAGAAUCAUCCAUCGGGAUCUGAAGCCAGAAAACAUCGUCCUGCAGCAAGGAGAGCAAAGAUUAAUACACAAAAUUAUUGACCUAGGAUAUGCCAAGGAACUGGAUCAGGGCAGUCUUUGUACUUCCUUUGUGGGGACCCUGCAAUACCUGGCCCCGGAACUCCUGGAGCAGCAGAAGUACACAGUGACCGUGGACUACUGGAGCUUCGGCACCUUGGCCUUUGAGUGCAUCACGGGCUUCCGACCUUUCCUCCCUAACUGGCAGCCCGUGCAGUGGCAUUCCAAAGUCCGGCAGAAGAGUGAGAUGGACAUUGUUGUCAGUGAAGACUUGAAUGGAGCAGUGAAGUUUUCCAGCUCCUUACCCUACCCCAAUAAUCUGAACAGUGUCCUGGCACAGCGACUGGAGAAGUGGCUGCAGCUGAUGCUGAUGUGGCACCCACGACAGAGGGGCACUGAUCCCGUGUACGGGCCCAAUGGCUGCUUCAAGGCCCUGGAUGACAUCUUAAACCUCAAGCUGGUUCACAUCUUGAACAUGGUCACAGGCAUCAUUCACACCUACCCAGUGACAGAAGACGAGAGUCUGCAGAGCUUGAAGGCCAGAAUCCAGAAUGACACAGGGAUCCCUGAGGAGGACCAGGAGCUGCUGCAGGAAGCUGGUCUGGCGUUGAUCCCUGACAAGCCGGCGACUCAGUGUAUUUCGGAGGGGAAGCUGAAUGAGGGCCGCACAUUGGACAUGGAUCUCGUCUUCCUCUUUGACAACAGUAAAAUCACGUAUGAGACUCAGAUCUCCCCACGGCCCCAGCCUGAAAGCGUCAGCUGUAUCCUUCAAGAGCCCAAGAGGAACCUCUCCUUCUUCCAGCUGAGGAAGGUGUGGGGCCAGGUCUGGCACAGCAUCCAGACCCUGAAGGAAGACUGUAACCGGCUGCAGCAGGGACAGCGAGCUGCCAUGAUGAAUCUCCUCCGCAAUAAUAGCUGCCUCUCCAAGAUGAAGAAUUCUAUGGCUUCCAUGUCUCAGCAGCUCAAAGCCAAGUUGGAUUUCUUUAAAACCAGCAUCCAGAUUGACCUGGAGAAGUACAGUGAGCAGACGGAGUUUGGGAUCACAUCAGAUAAACUGCUGCUGGCCUGGAGGGAAAUGGAGCAGGCUGUGGAGCUCUGUGGGCGGGAGAAUGAGGUGAAGCACCUGGUGGAGCGGAUGAUGGCACUGCAGACUGACAUCGUGGACCUGCAGAGGAGCCCCAUGGGGCGGAAGCAGGGGGGCACACUGGACGACCUAGAAGAGCAAGCGAGGGAGCUUUACAGGAGACUUCGGGAGAAACCCAGAGACCAGCGAACUGAUGGUGACAGUCUUGAAAUGGUCCGGCUGCUCCUUCAGGCCAUCCAAGGCUUUGAGAAGAAAGUGCGAGUGAUUUAUACGCAGCUCAGUAAAACGGUGCUUUGCAAGCAGAAGGCUCUGGAAUUGUUGCCCAAGGUGGAAGAGGUGGUGAGUUUAAUGAAUGAAGACGAGAAGACUGUCGUCCGGCUUCAGGAGAAGCGACAGAAGGAGCUCUGGAAUCUCCUGAAGAUCGCCUGUAGCAAAGUUCGUGGUCCUGUGAGUGGGAGCCCAGAUAGCAUGAAUGCUGCUCGCCUCAGUCACUCCGGUCAGCUGAUGCCUCAGCCCUCCACUGCCCCUAACAGCUUACCCGAGUCCAUCAAGAAAAGUGAAGAGCUGGUGGCUGAAGCGCACAGCCUCUGCACCCAGCUAGAAAAUGCGAUGCAAGACACCAUCAAAGAACAGGACCAGAGCUUAAGGUCUCUAGACUGGAGCUGGUUACAGACGGAAGAAGAAGAGCAGAAUAGCCUGGAACAGGCCUCCUGACUGCGUGGGUGGCCUUGACCACCCGAUGGGGCUACCCGCCCCAAGGCCCUUGCACGGUGGCCCCUGCCGUCACAAUGUCCCAGCAGUCUUCGGCACCCAGACAGAGAUCUUCUCGCUUCCCCAGGAGCUGUGACAUUCACCGUGGGCCAGGGCUAGGGUCCUCCGCGGGCGCUGCCAGCAACUUGUCUGCACACUGGGAGUCCUGCGUCGCAGAGGCUCAACAAACACUGCUGCCGGGCACGAGCCCUGCAGCUGCCUCCUCUGGUCUGAAAAAAGUUCUCAAAGUACUUUCCCCACAGACCACUGGACAAUUGCCUAACGUGCCUCUUCCGGGACAAACUGUGGAGGACGCUUGGGGUCCGCCUGCCCUCUCCUGAGCCCUCCUGAUCUCCAGAGGCCCUGAUCUGCCUGUCCCCACAGCUGAUGUUUCGUCUGGAUUUGGAACUAAACAGACUUUUAAAUCGUAGACUCGGCCUGGCCCCAAUCCCCAUCCUGUCUCUUCCUCUUUUCAUUUCACUGCUGCUAAAGUUUCCCUUUUACCCACUACUUAGGUGACUGUGCCCCCUCGGCCAGGUCAGCCAGGUCGUAGGUGAAUGCCGGCUCUCCCCACCCGCAGCCCUUAAAGCCACAGAGUGACUUGCUAGCACCGGCUCAGGGAGCAGUUUCCUUCCUUCGGGUCCGGAGGCUACCCGGGAGCGCGUUAUCCUGCGGAAGAAGGGAAGAAGAAAAGACAGCUGUGCCCACCCCAUCUCUGCUCAGACACAUCUGUGUGCGGUGGUGGUGGGCCAGGGGAGCACCUGCUUCUCGGAUCAUCUAGCAGUAUUAUUAAAUUGACUUAUUUAAAAAAUAGCUUCUAUGUUUUGUAACAUGACUCGAACAUUUCUACCGGGUUCCACAACCCAUUUUUGGCAAUAUUUAUGGUCAGGACUUCGGAACUGAAAAACUGGCUUCACGGAAAAUGUUAUAAAAUAGAACCAUGCCUGGAUCAGAUGGUGUCCUAGCACCAUCACUGCUUCCGUGGCGUUUCACAGAAGUUCUUUAUGUGAAAGCAGGAAAACAAAAUGUGUUUGGAUGAUCACCAAUAGGCGAGUGUGGUCAGAGAAGAAAGUUGGAAUUGGAGGGUUUUACAAACUAGCUUCCAUGGAAACAGUACAAAGGGUUUCAUGGUCAAGUAAGUUUAGGAAAUGCCUUACGCUUUAAUUGCCUCUGGGAGAUUCACAUUGUACACUGGCGUAGUAAAGUUUCUGAGAGUCCUUUAAUAAUAAACUGGCUUAACUGUGUAAA